AUCUAAAUCAGUCCUCCAAAGUGAGAGUGUGAAGGAGAGAAGAAAGAGAAAUGACAAGUAGGAGGUACUGUUACAAAGAUGUGCUGCCAUUGACAACCUUGGUGACCAUGGAGUGCGUUAAUGUAGGCUUGAGUACCUUAUUCAAAGCAGCCACACUCAAAGGGAUGAUCAAUUAUCGUGUCUUCAUCACUUACGCUUAUGCAAUUUCAGCUCUCCUUCUCCUUCCUUCACCCUUCUUCUCCCACGGAUCAAGAGUGCUACCUCCACUUAAUUUUUCCAUCAUAUGUAAAAUUUGCCUCCUUGGCCUAAUUGGGUAUACAUCUCUAAUCAUGGGAUUAACAGGCAUUAAUUACAGUUCUCCAACUCUUUCUUCAUCCAUCAGCAACCUGGUGCCUGCUUUCACCUUUAUUCUUGCCAUCAUUUUCAGGAUGGAAAAAGUAGCAUUGAGAAGCUCAAGCAGUCAAUCUAAAAUCAUAGGCACCAUAGUAUCAAUAUCAGGAGCAUUUGUAGUGGUUCUCUAUAAAGGUUCACCACUAUUGAGUACUUCAUUUCCUUCCAUUUCGCUUCGUCAGCCUCUGGACUUGCCACGCCCAAAGUGGGCCAUUGGCGGCCUUUUCCUUACAACUGAGUAUUUUUUGGUGUCAAUGUGGUACAUUGUUCAGGUGCAAAUAAUGAAGGAGUAUCCAGCAGAACUGACGGUAGUAUUCUUUUACAACUUAUUCGUCUGCAUCCUAGCUGCAAUUGUAGGUUUAAUUACAGAACCGAACUUGAAUGCUUGGACAGUUAGACUUGAUAUAGCAUUGCUCUAUAUUGUAUGCUCGGGUAUCUUCGGAUCAUUCUUGAACAAUAUUGUCCACACAUGGGCAUUGCAUUUGAAGGUCCCUGUCUAUGUUGCAAUGUUCAAGCCACUGUCAAUUGCCAUUGCAGUUGCCAUGGGGUUCAUGUUCCUCGGUGAUACUCUUUAUCUUGGAAGUGUUGUAGGAGCAACAAUAAUAUCAAUAGGGUUUUACACAGUAAUGUGGGGAAAAGCAAAGGAAGAUAUGAGUGAUGACAGUGAAAUUGGUGACUCUGCAUUGCCUUCAACCCACAAAAUCCUUCUGUUGCAGAGUUAUAAAAAUAUAGGAGUAUAGUGCAGAAAAUUGUUAAUUUACACACUGCAUUGUGUGACUUCAAUAUGUGUUCUUGUUCACGCUCCUAGAUUAGCAUUUGUAAAAGUCGUCAAAAUUUGUUUGUAAUUUGUGUGUAAACAAUAUACAUUAUUAAUUUGAUGUUAUAGACUUC